CCUGCGUUUCCUUUGAUGACGUCACGCAGCGGUGUACAACCAAUCGCACGCAGUCCAGGUAACACAGUAUCACCCAGGAGGGCGUUUGGUUUCAACCUUUCGGCUUAUCUUGACUCAGCUGGGCUUUGCGAGGGCAAGACAAAUACAACACUCCCUAAAAGUUCUCGUCAAGUAAUAUAAAACCAGGUAUUUUUUUUAAUUUAUUUUUAUCAUUAAAAGAAGGAAUAUUUUGGAAGACAUUGGAGCAUUUCAAAGUGGAUAUGUUGACCUUCGUCUUUGUUUGCCUCUCUGUCUCAGUCACAGGCCUGCAUGCGUUUACGGUUACUGUUGCUAAUCCCUCAGUAAAAGUGAAAGAGAAUGAGGGAGUUGACUUGAAAUGUUCCUACUCUGCUGACUUUGGGUCAUCACCCAGAGUAGAAUGGAAGUUCAGAGAUCACAAGGGCUCUCAAACAUUGGUCUACUUUGAUAACCAGCCAACUGGUAAGUAUGUAGGUCGUAUCACCAAGUAUGAAGGAGGAAUUAGAUUUAACAAGGUGACCCGAGCAGACACCGGAAACUAUGACUGUGAGGUGUCUGGUAAUACUGGAUAUGACGAGAAGACCAUCAGACUCACAGUCCUUGUGCCUCCUUCCAAGCCUGUAUCCAGAAUCCCUACAUCAGUCACAACAGGCAGUAAUGCCGUCCUCACCUGCUUCGAUGUAGAUGGUUCCCCUCCAUCCACCUAUAUUUGGUACAAAGACAACACUCCCCUCCCUGUUGAUCCAACCAAGUUCCCCAAUUUUAAGAACCUUACCUACAAGUUGAACAGUAACACUGGUAACCUGGAAUUUGCCAGUGUGUCUAAGUUGGAUACCGGUUCAUAUUUCUGUGAGGCCAAUAAUGGAGAAGGCGUCCCUCAGCGUGGAGAUGCAGUGCGCAUGGAAGUCCGUGAUCUAAAUGUUGGGGGCAUUGUUGCGGGAGUUAUUGUGGCUUUGCUGGCAGUUGGAUUGCUCCUCUUUGGUCUCUGGUAUGCCAAAAAAAAGGGAUAUCUGCCAAGUAAAAAAAGCAGAAAGCAAGACAAAACAACAAGCUGUUUAUACACAGCCCAGAACAGAUGAUAUGGAUGAUGGUGAUGGGGAAUUCAGACAGAAAUCAUCUUUUGUUGUGUAGUCUGUGCUACUCUGCAUGAAAUGUGGAGAUUCAGUGCCUAGAUCAAGUUCGUACAAAUCAGGAUCAGUGUGUAUGUGAUGAGAAAUGCCUUCCUACUCCGCUUUCCAUGCUGGUUGACCAUAGAAAAAUUCAAAAGCUUUAAAGCAGCAGUUGUAAAUGUGCAGAUUUAAUUUUAGGAAUCUAGACCUGUGUUUCGGUUUUGUUGAAAUGAAUAGAAAUGUAAUUUAUUGAACUAUGGUUAAUCUGUGAGUGGAACACAAACCUAAAGGGUCUAAGGUCAAUUCUCUAUUAAUAGAAUUCGCUUUGUUGUUUAGUUAUGUGUGGACUAAGAUGUCCAAUGCUGUUUUAACAUGACUCGCACUAUGAGAUGGAAACUUCUUGGGGAAGAGAAGGUACUAUGAAUGUUCCCCCAUCAGGAUAUAAUGUCCCCUCUCCUUUAUAUAAACAUUUGCUGUACAUUGCAGUCAUUGAUAUGUGGUUUGUUUAUGUCACUGGCUUUUUUAUGAUAGAGUGAAUACCUUGUGUGUUUUUAUGUGUUUAUACCUUUUAUGAAAUGUAAAUAGAUUUUUCUGUCUUUUUAUUGGAUUUUUUUUAAAGAUUUGAAAUUGUGCAUAAUUAACCUCUCUGAAUAGUUAAUCUGGGAACAAAUUACAGAAGCCCUUUUUUCCCUUGUGUUUGAUUUUAUUUUUAAUGUGUGACUUGAUCCCAUUCUUCUAAUAAAUGAAAUUUACUGAA